AUGGCUGUUUUCAUCUUCCUUGCUGUCUCCCCACAUUCUUUUACUAUUUCUCUCCUUCAUUUGGUCUCUCUUUAUCUCUCCCUUUUGUUCUUUCUCUCUUUCUGUUUCAUUUGUUCUUCUCUCUCUUUCUUUAGUUCUUUUCUCCCUCGUCUAUCUUUCUUUAGUUCUUUUCUCCCUCGUCUAUCUUUGUUUUGUUCUUUUCUCUCUCCUCUCUUUGUUUUGUUCUUUUCUCUCUCCUCUCUUUGUUUUGCUCUUUUCUCUCUCCUCUCUUUGUUUUGUUCUUUUCUCUCUCCUCUCUUUGUUUUGCUCUUUUCUCUCUCCUCUCUUUGUUUUGUUCUUUUCUCUCUCCUCUCUUUGUUUUGCUCUUUUCUCUCUCCUCUCUUUGUUUUGUUCUUUUCUCUCUCCUCUCUUUGUUUUGCUCUUUUCUCUCUUUACUCUUUCCAAUGUCCUUUUCUCUCUUCCCUUGCUCUCAUUUGUUCUCUUCUCUCUCUUUUGCAUUUGUUCUCUUUUCUCUCUUUUGCAUUUUUCUUUACUCUCUCUUUUUCAUUUGUUCCCUUCUCUCUUUUUCAUUUGUCCCCUUCUCUCUUUUUCAUUUGUCCCCUUCUCUCUUUUUCAUUUGUUCAUUCUUCUCUCUUUUUCAUUUGUUCAUUCUUCUCUUUCAUUUCUUAUUUUCCACUCUCGUUUUCAUUUCUCUCUUUCUCUUCUCUUUCUUUUGUGGAUGUUCUCUCACAUUUGCUGUCUUUUUCUCUUUUCUCCUCUUCUCCAUUUGUCUCGUUUACUAUUUCCCCCUCCUUCAUUGGUAUCUAUCUGUCCAUCUUUCUCUCUCUUUACUUCACCUUUCAUUUUCUUGAUAUACAAACAUGA